GCCGCGCCGCUGCUGAAGUUUCUAUGAUGGCGGCUAGUAAUUAUUUUGGAUUUACAGCUGCUGUAGCUGCUGCAGCAGCAGCCGCCGGACCGCAAUUCAGCACCCAGCCGCCGCCCCUUGCGUAUUCCCACCCAACCACUGGCAGCUACAACGUUCAGCCCGCCCCUGGAGUGGCCCACACUGUCACGGCGUCAUACCCUGCAGCUACAGCCCAACCAGCUCAGCCGGCAGUGACUGCCACAUACCCCGCCUUCAUCAACUAUGGCUACUGCCAGCCCGAACCUUCCCAGCAACCGACGACCACCCCUCAAAGCUACCAGGUGUUAACCGAACCGGAGAAUUACACUUACGGGCGACCACCUGCAGUCAGCAGUUACGAUAACAAGCAGUACUUUCAAACAAGCAUCACACCUGCGCAACAAACAGUAGCCGAGGCCUACUUCCAGACAGGCCUGAAUAGUGUCUACACUCCCGUGAGCACAACAUACAGUCAGACUCCGGUUCAAAGACAGGUUGCAACUCUGAAACCGCCACCUGCUCCUAGUUCAGUUUCCUCAAGCUACACAAUCUACCCAACGGCAACUAGCGUUCAGCAAACUCCAACCCCCAUAUCCACGUACACACCCAGUUCUACCUUCAACUCUACACCUGCUACGACUUACUCUGUCGGUCUUAGUUACUCCAGCUAUGACUCCAGCAUUUACACGUCCACACCAUCGUACUUCCAGCCGGCCCAACUGGCCCCCCACCUGCAGCAGACACAACAACCCCCCAAAAUGUUCAGCAACUCUUCCUGGAGCAAUGCCGGGAGCAGCGUAGUCUCCAGUCCCGUUGUUAACACAUACAAGAAGCCCGUGUUCCACCAGAACAAGAUCCAGAAACCCAAAGGCCCGCCAAAACCACCCCAGCUGCACUACUGUGAUAUCUGCAAGAUAAGCUGCGCUGGGCCACAGACGUAUCGAGAGCACCUGGAUGGUCAGAAGCACAAGAAGAAAGAAGCGGCGCAGAAGAGCAGUAGUCAGGUGACCAAUGGACCUCGCGGCGUCCAGACGCAGUUGCACUGUGAGCUGUGUGACGUCUCGUGCACCGGCGCUGAUGCUUAUGCCGCACACAUCCGCGGAGCAAAGCACCAGAAGGUGGUUAAGUUGCACACCAAGCUUGGCAAACCUAUACCUUCCACAGAGCCAGUUUUCGUGAGCUCCGCCCCUGCUACAGUGGCUGCCACGGCAACAGCUUCCACCCCUACUGCUGCACCACGAAAGACGCCAGUGGUGACUUCUUCCAAAGUGAUGCCACUUCCUGUAAAAAAACCCAUACCUGCUAAAGUCUGCGUUGUCGCGAAUAAAACAUCUACAGCAGCUCCUGUGAAGAUGGAUGAGGUGAAGCCUCUCAUGAUGAAGAUGGACCUUCUGAGUGAUGAUGAAGAUGGUGACAGUACAGUUCCUCAGGGAGACAUUCAACCUGUGGGACACGAUUAUGUAGAAGAGGUCCGUAACGAUGAUGGAAAGGUGAUUCGCUUCCACUGUAAACUGUGUGAAUGCAGUUUUAAUGACCCCAACGCUAAAGACAUGCACCUGAAGGGCCGCAGACACCGACUGCAGUAUAAGAAAAAAGUGAAUCCAGACCUCCCAGUGGAGAUCAAGCUCGGUAAUCGAGCUCGGAAACUUCUAGAAGUCAAACUGAGGAAACAAAAACAGUCUAUGCUGUACAGACAACAAGAGGAGGAGCAGCGCUGGCACAUGGAAAUGAGGAGGUACGAGAAUGACCUGUACUGGAGGAGGAUGGAGGAGGAGCAGUUGUACUGGGGGGACCAGCAGAGACAUGGAAUGGCCCCGCCCCCUCUUAUGGGCCAGCCCACCUUGCCCGUGCCGCCCCUGCUGCCUGUUCGUAGGCCGGACUCCCCCGAUGACCGCCACAUCAUGGCUAAACACUCUACCAUCUACCCCAUAGAGGAGGAACUUCAGGCCGUACAGCGAAUUGUGUCACAUUCGGAGCGCGCGCUCAAACUGGUGUCUGAUUCGCUGUUGGAGAAGGACGACAACACAGACAAACAGUCGGAGUCUCAGUCACGUAUUCUGAAAGGAGUGAUGCGCGUGGGAAUCCUCGCUAAAGGCCUUCUCCUGCGCAGCGACCGCAAUGUUCAACUCAUCCUGCUCGCGGCCAAGAAACCGACCGCAUCGUUACUGAAAACCAUCGCGGAACAGCUGCCCAAACAUCUAGCGAGCUUUUCUGAAGAUCAGUAUGAGGUGCAGGUGCACACUGAGGAUGCAUUCAUCGCCAUUUUAUCAAGCAAGGAACCAAUAAUGCAGGUCACCAUCUCUCUAACGUCACCAGUGAUGCGUGAAGACCCCGACAUGGAGAAAGUUCCAGAGAAAGACCCUCCAGAUGUUCUCAACAGGAGCAAGUGCCUUGAGUACCUAGCAGCUCUCCGUCAUGCUAAAUGGUUUCAGGCUCGGGCUAACGGUCUUCAGUCCUGCGUGAUCAUUAUCCGCAUUCUGCGCGACCUGUGUCAUCGUGUACCUACCUGGGGCAAAAUGCCCGACUGGGCCGUGGAGCUGCUGGUAGAAAAGGCCAUUAGCAGUGCGUCGGGACCCCUCGGUCCAGGAGAAGCUCUGCGGAGAGUUUUGGAAUCCAUCGCCUCUGGAAUUCUUCUACCAGAUGGUCCUGGUCUGCUUGACCCAUGUGAGAAAGGUCAAACAGAUGCUCUAGGGAGCAUGUCAAAACAAGCCAGAGAGGAUGUGACCGUGAGUGCCCAGCAAGCGUUGCGACAGCUGGCUUUCCGUCAGAUCCAUGAAGUUCUUGGGAUGGGCUCCUUACCCGUCUCCAAACCUGGAGCUCGAACCCGCAAGAGACAAAGAGAGGGCAGUGACGUCGCAGAGAGAGAAGGCGAAGGAAAGAAAGACAAAAAGGACGAAUCUGAAAAUGCUCUGAAGUUGGCGUAGUCGGCGUAAUCUUAAAAUGAAUCACAAUUUAUUUGUCUUUUUUUUUAAGGUACAAAUCACUCAAAGAGGAACAAUGCAAUACUUGAUAGUUCUGCUUUCAAAAGAAGGACAAGAGAUGGAAACUAGUUCCCAUUUCUGAUGUAAUAUGUCUUGUAUUACCUCAGAGCUGAAAAUAGAUUGUAAUGCUACUGACCUUUAAAUGCAGUGAAUGUCUGAAUGUUGCUAGUGAUGAGCGACUGUCCUGUAUCUUAUAUUAACAGCUACUUAACAUAAGUUUUGCUGUACUAGGCAUUUUUACAUGUUAAUAGCACUUGAUUAAAAGCUUUACCAUCACAACACAUGCCAGUCUUUUUUUAUGUUUACAUAACACAUUUAAUACUAUAUGUAUGUGUAUAUAUAUUUAAGGGCAGUGAGUCCCAAAAGUCUGAGAUCACUAGAGAAAAUGCUAAUAUUUUCCGAUUUUCCAAUUUAAUAUUUUUCCUCCCCAAUCACAAAUUAUUAGUAUUUGGUAUGUCCCCCUUUUGCUUUAAUAACAGCAUGCACUUGAACUGGCACGAGCAAACCCUAAUUAUUAAUGUUAUUCAGCAUGAAUUGAGAAUAUUCAAUAGAGCAUCUUGUGUGCUUCAAUGGAAACAAUUAUUUGAAUAGAUUUUUCCAUUUGUUCCCAGACUUUUGGGUUAUAUUUAUAUAAUGUGAUUAUAAUAUAAUAUUUAUGUAAAUGCAAAGAAAUGAAGAGCUUCUCUUUUGUUUAUCUUGAAGAAAUGAAAGGCUAAUAAUGUUUUUAUUAAUAUGCUGUUAAAAGCAAUAUUAAUCAGGAAGCAUAUUCUGGUGAGCUUUGAGUGGUUUAAUAAAAUAUCAGAUUUUUUUUUAAAUUUUAAAAAUGUAUCAUACAGUGCACAAAAAUAGAUUUGUAUACUUGUAUACAAAUAUAUAUAAUUAUAUAAAUAGAUUUGAGUGCUGCAGUCAUUAUUUGGUUUGAUUUGCUUUGUUGUAUAGUGAUUAAUCAGUCAUUUAAGGCAGUGUUUCCCAACCACUGUGCCGCGGUACACUUGUGUGUGUUGUGAAAGACUGUCAUGUGUGCCGUGGAUAAUGAUCAGAUUCCACAAAAUAAAUAUAUGCAUGAAAAAAAGGGAUCCAAACUCCAACUUUCGCCAUUUUGAAAGCAUAAUCAGUGACUUUUGUGAUUGUGAAGAGCAAUGAUUAAUGCGUAAAAGUGAGUGAUAUUUAUACGUGUUAAGGGUCAUCACAUGACUCACGUCAGCGCUAUGAAGUGAGUGAUAUUUAUACGUGUAAAGGGUCAUCACAUGACUCACGUCAGCGCUGCAGAAUACGUUGAAGUCUAUGAAGAGUGAUAUUUAUACACGUAAAGGGUCAUCACAUGACUCGUGUCAGCGCUACAGAAUACGUUGAAGUCUAUGAAGUGAGUGAUAUUUAUACGUGUUAAGGGUCAUCACAUGACUCACGUCAGCGCUGCAGAAUACGUUGAAGUCUAUGAAGAGAGUGAUAUUUAUACGAGUAAAGGGUCAUCACAUGACUCGUGUCAGCGCUGCAGAAUACAUUGAAGUCUAUGAAGCGAGUGAUAUUUAUACGUGUAAAGGGUCAUCACAUGACUCGCGUCAGCGCUGCAGAAUACGUUGAAGUCUAUGAAGAGAGUGAUAUUUAUACGAGUAAAGGGUCAUCACAUGAUUCGUGUCAGCGCUGCAGAAUACGUUGAAGUCUAUGAAGAGAGUGAUAUUUAUACGUGUAAAGGGUCAUCACAUGACUCGUGUCAGCGCUGCAGAAUACGUUGAAGUCUAUGAAGAGUGAUAUUUAUACGUGUAAAGGGUCAUCACAUGACUCGCGUCAGCGCUGCAGAAUACGUUGAAGUCUAUGAAGAGAGUGAUAUUUAUACGAGUAAAGGGUCAUCACAUGAUUCGUGUCAGCGCUGCAGAAUACAUUGAAGUCUAUGAAGUGAGUGAUAUUUAUACGUGUAAAGGGUCAUCACAUGACUCGUGUCAGCGCUGCAGAAUACAUUGAAGUCUAUGAAGAGUGAUAUUUAUACGUGUAAAGGGUCAUCACACGCUACUAAGAUGUACAGAAAACAUGGCGAUGGUUAGCCGAUGUGGGAUAGUGGUGUGCCAUACAAUGUUUUAGUCGUUUAGUGUGCCGUGUCAGAAAAAAGGUUGGGAAACACUGAUUUAAGGAUUAGAAACUGCCGUUUCCACGGGGUAAUGAUAUGUUUUUCUCGAAACUACAAAACGUGUGUCUGUGGUUCUUCACUCGUGCCUGUGGUAAAGUUCAAGUGAGCAAUUUAAAGUACUUGAAAUGUUAAAAAUAAGGAUGUGCAAUACCUCACUAUUCGUACUUUUUUAUAUAAAGAAAAACAUCUUGGAGAUAUGCACAUUGUUGUGCGGUUUGCUAGCAAGAUUGCUAUUAGUAUAUUGAAUUAUUAUUAUUAGUAGUAGUAGUAGUAUAUUGGUUAUCUCUAUCGCUUGAGUUACAUUCUGCCACCUGUUUUAAAUGUAUAAUGCAAAAAUGUACCCGGCAUUUUACAAGUAUUCUUGCAGAGUGUUUUUUAUUGUUUGUAGGACGGUGAAGAGAACUGUGUGAACUGUUCAUUUGAAUAUCUGUGAAGUGCUGCUUCACUAAAUAAAUAUA